AGGCGUAGCAGCGAAAGCAGCCAUGUUUUAUUGAAGCACGGGGUAGCUUUUGUUAUUUCACCUUGAUUUUCAAAUAUUUCCCGUUUUGAAAACUUGAUUUUAUCACGAUGUCCCGUCAAUCGGCUGUUCGCGCCGACAAUAGGAAAGUGAGUGCAGAGCUGUUUGUCCUAACGCACGGAGCACUUGUAGCACAGCUGGUUAAAGACUAUGAGAGUGAUGAAGAGGUCAACAAGCAGCUUGACAAAAUGGGCUACAAUAUUGGUGUGCGAUUAGUAGAGGACUUCUUGUCUAGAUCCAAUGUUGGAAGGUGUCAUGACUUUCGAGAAACUGCUGAUGUUAUUGCUAAGUUGGGGUUUAAAAUGUUCCUUGGUAUUUCACCAGUCGUAACAAACUGGAGUGCAGCAUCAGAUGAAUUUUCCUUGAUACUGGACAACAACCCAAUGGCAGAGUUUGCUGAGUUGCCAGAGGGACACGAAGGACUUCUUUUCUCCAACAUACUCUGUGGUGUCCUGAGGGGAGCUCUUGAAAUGGUACAAAUGGAAGUUGAUGUCUGGUUUGUUCAUGAUUCGUUGAGAGGUGACGAGACGACAGAAAUUAGACUCAAAUUUAUAAAGAAGUUAGAAGAUGCUCUCCCUGCUGGCGAGGACUAAUACUACAAUGUGGUCCGUGUAAAGCACUCUGUAUAGGAGAGAUUUUAAGCUAAAAAAACCCAAAUAACAAUUGUCUGCCACUGAAAUAUCACGCAAUACUACGUGCAUUAGGAGGAGUUGCAUGACGUCGUGGAUGACUGCAAGAGAUUUCGAAUAGGGUAUUUUUAGCGACUUUCUUUCGAGAAGUUUUUGGAAAACCGAAGGAACUGAAGUCGUCAGUUGAUUACCUAUUUUGAUGUUAAAUUGUAAACUACCUUUAUUUUAUUCAACACACUGUGCAAUACAUCAGAAAACACAUCAUUUCUCAUACACGUAAAAAAUUUCUUUUUUUUCUGAGCACGAAGUCAAGGUGAAAUACUGAUUGGUAGAAAUAUUUGUAUGAUUUGAAAUUAUUUUGGUCAAACAGGAAUUCUUUUAGAAAUUAGCUUGUUGUGAGCAGAUGGUCAAAGAGAGGGAAAAUAAAGAAAAAAAAAAAACACGAGAAA